UCAACUUAUUUACCCUAUGUUAAUUGUAUUUUACCUUUUUAUUUGUUUCUAAUUUUUGAUUCUCCUAUAUAUAUGUUACCCCAGUUAUUGAUUUUUCACAUUCUGAGUUUUUACUCUUUUACAGUGAAAAAAGUGAUCAAAUCUUUGCUUCAAGAGCUAUAUCAGAUGUUAGGCUGUACUGUUUACCAUUUGCUUUCACUAGCAGUACUCUUACUGCUAGUACCAAUUGAUGGAAAUUCACAAACUGAAACAUCAACAGCAGGCAGGAUAAAAUCUGUUGUUUUUCAUUCACCAAAAUUCGUGCUGAAGCCUGGAUCAGUUGCUAACAACUUUUACUACAACAUUGAUUUACCUAAAGGCCAUAUUGCUGUAAAAGAUUUUUACGCCGAAGUUGUUGAUGAGGCAGGGCAUUCUGUACCCUUAUCUCAAGUUUAUCUUCACCAUUGGGUUGUUGUAAGAUAUAAUCAACGAAAAGAUAACCUAUCGGAGAUAAUCGCUAAUGGCAACUCAGGCAUGUGUGAUGAUGGGGUUCUUAUCCAGCAUUUUGCGCUUGGAUCUGAAACGCGUAAAACAUCAACAUAUAUUCCUGACCCUUACGCAAUUGAAAUUGGUAAUCCAGCGGACGUACCUGAAGGAUACCAAGAGGGAUGGUUGAUCAACUUACAUGCCAUUGAUACGCGAGGGACUGAAGAUAGAUUUGGAUGCAUUGGGUGCAGUUGUCAUCUUUAUAACAUCACAAAGGAUGAGAUUGGUAGAGAUAUAGAACCAGAUUACUUUGGAGGCUUGAAAUGUUGUCGUGAUAAAACUAGAUGCAGGUUGAAAGAAGGGUUCAAAGGUCCGAAGAAAGCCUAUUACCUUAAGUACACUGUGAAGUAUGUUGAUUGGGAUGUGGCCUCCGUUGUGCCGCUCAAGGUCUAUAUUUUCGAUGUCACAGAUUCAUGGAAAAAGCCUGAAAACCCGACAGCUGUGGAAAAACAUCAGUGCCAGAUUGAAUAUCAAGUGGAAUCAUGUUCUGCAGAUGAAAGUGUUCGCGGAUGUACUCAUGCAAGAAAUAUUACUGUUCCUUUUCCUGUUGACGGAGAUGUCAUCUAUGGUGUUGCUCACCAACAUAGAGGAUCAAUUCGUUCAACCCUCCAUGGAGAGGAUGGGCGCAUCAUAUGCUCUUCUAAGCCGAUCUAUGGGAAAGGAAGGAGUCCUGGAAAUGAAGCUGGUUACGUCGUAGGGAUGACUACUUGUUAUCCUAAACCUGGCUCUAUCAAGAUUAGGAAAGGAGAGAUGGUUACUUUUGUGGCAAAUUAUAGCAGUGUCAAAAGGAUUGGUGGAGUGAUGGGGGUGUUCUAUAUCUUGGUUGCUGAAACAUCACCAAAGCCUGAAUUUGUCCUGAAUUCUACAGUUGGGUUAAGAUUAUAAGUGUAAUUAUUAUUGGUAACUUGUGCCGGUAGACCUUUGUGUAACAGUUAUCUUUAUAUAACAAUAUUUCUCUACAAAAUAUUUUUGUCAUUUGUGGAUG